CAUCCACAACUGACGUGUGGGCUUGUGGCACAACGCUGCUGAGACACGUUGUAUAAUGUUCGCAGGGUCAGAGAGACUUCUGCAACUAACCCGCUGAGCUGCCGUGGUUGCUUAGUGAUUGUCACUUUAAGCCACUUGUAUCAUCUUGAAUGUCACCACCGACGAUUACUGUAUACAUUAAUUGAAUGUCCAAAACUCCAAGACAACGAUGGAGGACAACUGCAGCAUGGAAGAGUGGAUGUGGGGGGAAUGUAUGCUGAUUGAUCGGACGAGGUUUUGUUGUUGAGAUGGCUGAAGUUCAACUGCCUGAGAGCUUGAAGGUUGAUGACAAUUUCGGAGCCGAAAUCCGGCGUUUGAGCAAGGAGUGGCGCACCAAGAGGGAAAGCUACCGCACGAACAUGCCGUUGACGGAUCCAGAAGAACAGCUGGUUUCCGCAGCUACAAGCGGAGAUCUGAAGCGAUGUCGAGCGUUGUUGAACCGGAAAGCUGCAGCUCCCGAUGCGACUUCUGCCGGGCAGACGGCACUUUUCGCAGCUGCAGCUGCUGGGAAAGCAGAGUCUGUAGCCCUACUGCUUGCUGCAGGAGCAUCGCCUAGCAUCAGCAGCACGAAUGGAGCCACACCAUUGCAUGUGGCCGCAGAACAGAGUUAUGGCAAGAUUUGUUUGGCUCUGCUGGAAGGGCGGGCAGAUCCAAAUUGCAGAGAUGGCCGUGGACUGACCCCAGCCGCGCUUGCUUCCAGCAACGAGGCACUUUGGCCCCUGUUCUCUGCAGCUGGCUGCGAACGCGUCCAGCAGGCAAUGCCAUUGCAAUCAAACUCGCCGGAGCGGAAGGGUCAGGGAACUUGCAGCUCAACAGAUGGGUUUGUACCAUUUUGUACCUCAAAGAUGUAUAUAUAUAUAUUAUAUGGGAUUUCUCACAUGGAUCAACAAGUAGAGAAAGUAUAGAGCAAUGGCCAACUUUGAAUAGCAAUCAGUGUGAGAGCAGGAUACAACGGUGUGCUCUACGCCUUUCUCUCAGAGGGUUUGCUUUUCAAUGCUUUUCAUCCAGAUGUGAGCAGCCUCGCACUACCCAGACGGCCAAGCUCUGCAACAAGCACUACACAGCGAGGGACAGCACGAACGUCGCAAGUGAAUCCGAUCGACAUUCUAGCAGCUGAAACUAGCAGCGUAGACUUGUCUUCAGCUGCCAGCUCUUUUCGCUUGCAGUCGUUGGGCCUUUAGAGGCCACUAUAUAUAGUUUGCGCAUGUUGCGCCAAAAGAAAGCCUGAAAAACAGGCCUUCUUCAUCCUGUUGCCACUUUGCGUUCCAAAAA